UUGGAUUCCCAGGUUGGAAGAUUAUCUCACGCAGAAGUUGUUUUUGCAAAGAUAUAUAAACUAACAGAGCUUGGCAUGUCUCAGUCAAGUUGCCUUGGACGGUAAAGGCAUCUUUCUUGAGAGGAAUACUCCACUGUACCAUCUGCUUUUGAUCAACCAACAGCCAUGAUGAUGAUGCUACUGGUAGAAGAUCUGAUGACAGGCAAAAAGACAGAAGGUAGAGAAACAGGGGAUUUCCUUCCGGAGGACUUCAAAGAUGGAGAAUAUGAAGCUACAGUAAGAUUAGAGAAACAAGAAGACCUGAAGACGGUCAUUGAUCCCUCAGUAACACAGCGCACUCUGACUUACCAAGAAGAGAAGGAGCUGCAAGCUGAGCUCAAGAAAAAGAAACUAGAGGCAAGAACAAAGCUUGACAAUUUGGAAGACCUUGAAAAAAUCAUCACUCUUAAGAAAAGGAAAAAAGUGAAGAAGGUCAAGGCUCCAGUGGAGAAGGAGCCCAAGCAGGAAGUUAUAACAGGACCUGUGGAUGUUCCCACGUUUUUAAAAGCUGCCUUGGAGAACAAAAUGCCAGUGAUUGAAAAGUAUUUAGCAGACAAAGGAGACCCAGAUGCUUGUGAUGAGUACAGGCGUACAGCCUUGCACAGGGCAUGCUCACAAGGACAUCUGGAAAUUGUGGAAAAGUUAGUAGCAGCUGGGGCUCAACUUGAAUUCCAAGAUAUGCUCGAAUCAACGGCUAUUCAUUGGACGUGUCGAGGUGGAAAUGUAGAAGUCCUGAAAUUCCUCUUAAACAAAGGGAUAAACCGAAAUGCCAAAGACAAGUUGCUCAGUAGUCCUUUGCAUGUGGCAGUAAGGACAGGCCAGUAUGAAUGUGGAGAACAUCUCAUUGCAUGUGAAGCAGAUCUGAAUGCCAAAGACAGAGAAGGUGAUGCUCCAAUGCAUGAUGCAGUGAGAUUAAAUCGAUAUAAAAUGAUUCGACUCCUGAUUCUCUAUGGGGCUAACCUGAAUGUAAAGAACAUUGAAGGGAAAACUCCGAUGGAUCUUGUUCUACAGUGGCAAAAUGGCACCAAGGAAAUCUUCAACAACCUGAAGGAGAAUGCUUAUAAGAAUUCUCCCAUAGACACGUUCUGAAAAACAGAACCAGAUUGAAAGCUUCAGGGAAUGAUUGCUUCUUUAUAGAUGGCACCGUUAUCAGAGUGAAGAACAAUGUGAAGAACAGUUCCUGGAUACGUGAUGCCAUCUUUGCCUCAUCGAGCUCGUGUUUUUGCCUUUGGAAUAAGUCUGAGGACAAAAGGUUCAAAGGCAUGGCUUGAAUGUUACAAUUCCACUGGUUUCAAGGUUUCCUUUUUUUAAAUUAAUUCCUAUUUAUAUCUUGUAUUCCAUUAUUCCCUUUUUCUUGGAUGACGUUUCUUUGGCUGUUGUUUCUCUGGUGAUCUUUCAAAACGUCCUGUUGAUACUAGAGUUGUAGAAGGUUGCUGAAGUGAUAAUCAGCCAAAAGCAUUUACACAAGACAAGCACGUUUCUGAAUGUAUUAGCAGCUUCACAAGCUUCUCUCCUCCCAACUUAACCCCAACAUAAUUAAUUUUUAGGUGUCACACAAAAUUUUUGCUGAAUUGUUAUUAUCAGAGUAAACUGUUAAAGCCAAAGAAUGGGGGCUGGGGAACAGAGGUAUGGAAAGCAACGACAUUAGAAAGGAACAGCGGAAGUAGAAUGAAAAAAGGAACAGAUCUGGUUUAUUUUAAAGUUUAUUAAGAAGAGUAGACCAGUUUUACUCAAAAUAGUCGACAAUGAACUACAAAGUUCAAAGCGGAAUGUUACAUAAAGGAAGGUGUUGAAGUGAAGUAGAAGAAAAUGCAAUUAUUUUUACAUGCUAGGUAAUGGAAGAAAAGUUAUGUAUAUUUGUAGGGCUUUUUAUGUACAUUUUGUAUUAAAUUCCCUUUAAGAUUUCAAAUAAGAGAAUGGUUUGUUCUGCCUGAAUACUUUAUUUGUCUGAAGAUUGUUAUGUUCCAUCAGCUAACAAAAAAAUGCUUGCCAAUUCUCAGAUAAGUGUUAGAGGUUAUAAAUAAACUAUGAAAAAACUUUACCUUCUCAAAUCAGAUGGCCAACAGUUAAAAUUGUUGACACUGACUAGAUCAAUAUUUUGCACCAAACUAUGAUACCAUUUGUUUAGCUCUGGCUUAGUAGUUGAGGUAAAUUGUGGUACUAUACCAUCAUUACUGGCUUAAGAACAUGAACAAAGCCAAUGGUCAUACAUUCAUAAAGUUUAAGUAAACCAUUGCUAGCCACCAUGAGAGGCUACUAAAUACUGCAGAGUGUAAUUAUGAGUGGUAAAAACCCACAGCAGUUUUGAAUGGGUGCUGAAUGAAAGCAGGGUGAAUACAAGAUGAGUGACCAGUAACCAGUGUGAAAGCAGCAUGUUGAGAUGGUUUGGCCAUAUAGAAAGAAUGAAUUGCAUUUGAAUGAAUGUGUAAGUUGAGGUGAAGACCAAUAAAAGGAGCCAUGGCAGCAGGUUAGAAUGCUGUAUUACAGGCUAAUUCUGCCGACUGCAAGCAGUUCAAUUCUAACUGGCUCCAGGUUGACUCAGCCUUCCAUCCUUCUGAGGUCGGUAAAAUGAGGACCCAGAUUGUUGGGGGCAAUAUGCUAUCUCUGUAAACUGCUUGGAGAGCUGUAAAGCACUGUGAAGCAGUAUAUAAGUCUAAGUGCCAUUGCCAAAAAUUGCAGCUAUACAAACUUGGAUGAGAUCCUCAAAAGGAGAGUAAAAGCAAUGUAUGAUGGUGCAGGGGAAAAUGGUUUGCAAUUGCAGAAACAUACAGAGGGAUAUAGUUAAUGGUGUUGGUAUAAACUAGAGUUAAACUUCCUUUACUUUUAUCUCUUGUUGUUUCUUUGGCCAUUUCUAAUUCUUCAGCAUUUUAUGUGACAUAGCUUAUCCCAAAAGAAAAUAGCACAAAUGCGUCAUUGCAUGGACACAGAAACAAUAAAGCCCCAAUUCAAAUUUUAUGGAACAACUUCCAACACUUACCUGAAAUGUUUCAAAAGCAUAUUGCAAGCCCCUUGACCAACAUCGCAAUUACUACUGAGAUUGCUGGUUUGAGGGCUAGAGCCACCCAAUGGCCUCAAUAUUGGCAUACCUGGAUCCUGAACCACUGCUCCAUGCUUUCCACAAAGUUACAUAUGACAACAGCACAAUCUUUGUGCUAUAGAUUACCUGUGGGUGUUCUGAUCAGACAGAGAGCAAAGUUGAAGGAGCAAUAUAGAGCAGAGAGGCUGCAGGAGAUAACAGUAGUGGGACACUGAACCUUCCAUCCCCAGCUUUGGUUUCCUGAUAUGCUGGAUAUCUGAGUAUCUUCCUUCUACCCAACAUUCUUUGAACAGAACCAUCUUUUAACUCCCACCUGAGAUCUAUUGUAUAUACCGCAUCCUUGAACCAAAAACUGUUACUGCGAUAUCUACUUAAGAUUCUUCAUUUACUGUAAUCCUUUAGCUUCUAGAACAGUUUUAUUAUCAUCUUACGAGGAAGUGAUAAAGCCAUUAGAAAGGUAAUUGGAAAUGGAAAGGCUGAAUUAUAUAUAACAUUCGUAAAAUAAGAUGGAAAUAGGCAAACAAGUCUUACAAACAUGUACUAUAUUACAUGUUUAUUGCCUCUUUUCAGGUAAAUACACAUUGUCUCUGACGUCACCUCAUUUUGUCUCAUACUACAGUUGGCAAGUUUAUAUAAAAGGAGAUUUAUAUUGCUGCCUAUUCGCACAUGGUGACUCAAGGUGGCUUACAAAUAUACAAAAACAUCGUAUAAAAAACAACAAAUAAUAAAAGAGGGAAUACAAUAAAUACAAUAAUAAAAUAAACCCCCCACCCUC